CGCGUCCGUUUUCAAAUCUACGUAGUCGCAGUUUAUCAAAAUUUUAUAUUUUCUGUAACAGACUAAUGUCUUUGGCCUUGAUUCGCACUGUGGGGAGCAAUUUCGGGUGAAUAGUGUUGUACAAGCUUUGUGUAAAGUGGGUUUAACCAGUUUAACGUUAAAGGUUACGUGCUUGUGGCCCUGCGCGCCCGUGGAACGCUCUGCUGCAGUGCACGCGCCUGCCGUGGCUCUGCGAACGGCAGCGCUUGGACGCCACUAACGAAACUUCAGUUGGGCUGAGCUGCCUUGUGUGCCUCUGGGCUUUGCAAGGUCAUGCAAACCACCACACCUCUCUCUCGAGCGCCUGCUUCGCCUUGCUCGUCACUACCUUCUGAUCGGCCAAGGUCAUUGAAAGACAAGCACAGUAACAGCCAUGGCUUUACAAAAAUGACUUCUUUGUCAAGUUCGCAACAUCCACUGCAGUACCGGACUCCCAGAAACGAGAAGCUUGUACACGAUGUAGGUGCUGGUUCACGGCCUGGCCUGUUUAAAACUCCACCAUCGAAGUCAUAUUCAGACUUGUUGAAGACUAGGACUAGCACAGAACAAAGCACAGGCAGCAUUUCUGGAUUCCGGAUGGCGUUGUGCUCAGGCAGUGGCUUGAGUACACCAUAUCGGUCGGAGAUUGCAGGAGACUUGGCCAACAACCGUUCAAGUACUCCAGAGCCACCUUCACCUGUUAACCAGGCUUCACAGUCUAGAGACUUGUUGAAGACUAGGACUAGCACAGAAAAAAGCACAGGUAGCAUUUCUGGAUUCCGGAUGGCAUUGUGCUCAGGGGGGGGCAGUGGCUUGAGUACGCCAUAUCGGUCGGAGAUUGCAGGAGACUUGGCCAACAACCGUUCGAGAACUCCAGAGCCACCUUCACCUGUUAACCAGGCUUCACAGUCCAGUUUGCAGUGGCUGAGGGGUUCUGUGGGAAAAAAUUCGGCCAGCCUGUCUGAGCUCAAGGCUUCUCUUGCUGCUGUUGCUCAGCAGUCAUCUGUUUCUCAGCAGUCACCUCGGCGAUCAUCUGCUUCACUCCUCGGAACAUACAGCGACACCUCUGGAUCCAUACAUUCAUAUCGUCCGCGUACUCAAGGCUCCAGAGGUAUUACACCUGGCUCUUCUUCAAAGGUAUUGAAGACUCCCGAAUUAUUUCGGAAAUGCAAGGAUGAGCCAUCACUUUUCAAUGUGCGAUUGCAGCUUAGUGAUGACAGUGAUGGAUCCGAAAACGAAAAACGAAAACCAGGUUUUUCAGAUGUCCCAGUCAAGCGUGGCAGUGGCUGUCCCAAACGCUUUCCUUCCACAAGCACUUGCCACAAAAGGAACCCUUCAAGUUCUGUUCCACCUCAGAGCUCAGUUCACAAACUAUCUGCUGCCAAGGGGCCCUUGUCUGGCAUGCGCAAGAAUGGGGCAUACUCCAGUCAACCACAGCAGCUGCAGCAGCAGUGCCCUUCAAUGAGAUGCAGGAGGUACUGGAACGUCCCCCAGCGACAUUCCAGCAAAAUAGGAUGUGUACCCUCGAAGGCAUCACACGUUGCCUUGGCUGAAGGAGCUGCAUUGGACUCCUUGCUUCCAUCCAAAGCUGCAUCUGUGAAGAGUGAACCUAGUAACUACAAGGGUGCAGGACCGCCUGUAGAAGAUGGAGCUUCAGGUGGGAGACCCUGCCGGGCAGCCCUUGAGGAGCACAAUGAUGUACUGCACAGCCAUCAACCUGAAGCUCGGCAGGUACUGGAAGUGUCUCAGCAUUCAAAGAGGAAGAGCCUUCUGAGUGUGCUGCUUGACGUCAAGCCCCCCACAGAAGAUUUCUACAUUGAAAUAAAUGAAAAGAGGUAUCACAUGCUGAGCCUCAUCGGGAGAGGUGGAUCGAGUAAGGUGUUCAUGAUGUUCGACCACCGAAAGGAUCUAUGUGCCGUAAAACUGGUGAACUUGGCAGAUGUGCCACCAAGUGUGAUGCAGGCAUACAUGCAAGAAGUGGCCAUUCUGAAGGCACUGCGAUCUUGUGACCGCGUGGUUCGUCUUUUUGACUGUGAGCUCAACAAAAAGGACAAGGUGCUGGCUUUGGUGAUGGAAAAGGGGGACCAGGACCUUGCAACUGUGCUCAUGAACAGGAAGGGCAAUCUUGGUCCAGUCACUAUCAAGUUUUACUGGUCAGAGAUGCUGCAGGCAGUCAAGGAAAUUCAUGACAAACGUGUGGUGCACUCUGACCUGAAACCAGCGAAUUUCCUGUUCGUAGCUGGGAAGCUGAAGUUAAUAGAUUUUGGCAUUGCUGACAAAAUUCAAGAGAAUGUUACCAGUGUUCUUAAAGAGUCACCGAUGGGCACAUUGAACUUCAUGUCCCCAGAGUCCAUCCAGUACACAUCUCAGAAGCAAGGGAAAGACUACCUCAAGAUAGGUCUCAAGUCAGAUGUCUGGUCACUUGGAUGUAUCCUGUACAACCUUGUCUACGGGAAGACGCCCUUCCAACACAUAUCAGCGACUCAUGCCAAGCUGUUGGCCAUUGUUGACAAUAGACAAGCUAUUGAAUUUCCUGAUGUCUCUGACCCUCACCUUUUAGAUGUUCUCAUGAAAUGUUUGCGCCGUGAUCCACAGAGGAGGCCUUCCAUAUCGGAGUUGCUUGAACAUCCAUACCUUGUAGAAGAAGUGAUGCCAGUAGCAGUCAAGCAGUGCAAAGACCCACAUGUCCAGUCGCUGAUUAGUGAAAUUGAGAACCUGUCCCCCGCAAGUGUCAAGAAAAUGAAAGAGAUGCUGAAGUCAAUGAGGAAAGACAAACCUUGACUUUCAUCGCAGGCAUGAGAUUUGCCAGGAUUGCAGUGGUUUUUUUUCUUGUGGUUCGACAGAACAGUGUUAGGCAGUGUAACCUUUCACAGGGAAAAAUGUUUAAAUCUGUAGCAUCCAUUGAAUGUAGCAUGUUUCGCAUUCAAAAAUGCUUUCUGUGUGUGUCUCUCUCUCUCUCUGUGCAUGUGUGUGUGUUUUGAACAGGCACAUUAUAAGACAUCCAAGCAGUGAUUGCAUCAAUUACUGCUUGGGAUGUCUCAGGGUGUGGUGGUUCAAAACAGUGUGUAAUAUUUUUUACAUUUUGUACAUAGCUGGUUAUACAGCCUCACUUAAGUUUUAUAGGGGAUUGAGUGGUGUAUCAGAUAAAAAAUAAA